AUGGUGUUUGAACUGGAAGCUGAUGGUCCUCUUUGCACCUCUGCAUUGUCAUGUGAUCAUACCAAGAAGCUAUUGCCAAAGGAAUGUACACAAGUUUAUUUUCAGAAACAAAUACAGAGCCUUGGACUCAGUGGUCUUUUGGACCCAUAUAGAAAGAAGGUCUGGGAAUAUAGAGGUGGCAGUGAGGAGCUUGAAAUAUGUGAUUAUGAAAAUUAUCUGCUGGCAAAACACAUCUGCUUCAUUUCUGAAAAGAAUAAAGAAGUUGUAGCCAUUUCUCAGAGAACUCUGUCUGGGUCACUCUUAUUUUUACAGUUGAAGGCUUCUCUAGGAAAUAUUAUACAACAAGUUUUGAAAUGGAACUCAGUCCUACAGAGAAAUACAGAAACAUUAAACAGUGACAUUUGGGCAAAUAAACCCACUUCCACAAAAUAUGUAUCAAAUAGUACGGUAUUAGACAGUACUUCAAAACUUUAUGAACAAGGGAGAUUUUGGAAAAGAGAAAAAAUUACUAAAUAUCAUCAAUGUGAAAGGUAUUUCUCUAAACAUUUAUUACAGCCUCUUCAACAGUUAAAUCUACUUAUUGACAAGUUCUGCUAUUUAGAUCAACAUAAGAAAAUGCCCAUGUAUGCAGUGAAACUUGGAACAUAUCAUGUGGGAGGUCCUUGUGGAAACUCAAACAGAUUAACUAAUACUAACAUAGUCUGUAUUAAGAGCCCUCUUCUGAAAUAUUACCAAAACAGUCAACAUGGAGGAAUUUUAUACCAAUGCAAUAUCAUAUUACAUGAUUGUCUUCAUGAAUCCUUUCCAGGCAAAAAUGGGAAAAGUAUAUGCAUUCCAGAAAAUCUUUACAACCAUAGUAGUAGACAGGCUAUCUCUAAUCACUGUUCUCAGUCAUCUUUGCAAGAGCAGGACCAUACAACAGAGAAACUUCAUACAAAUGACUGGAAGGAUGACCUUUUAAAUAAAUCCUUAAUUCUUCAGGUUUAUAAUGGAACAUGGACUAAAGGAGAUGCCAAUGGAUACACAUGUGAUACCUACAGGAAUGCCUUAAUUGAAUCAUCAUACUUAGAGAGAAAGAAUAUGAAACAUAUUAUAAAGCAACAUUUCCAGACCCCAGGAUAUGAUAAGGCCUUGAAUUUCAAUUCAAAUAUCAUUCAAUAUAAUUCAAGGCAUAAUAGAGAAAGAACUCAGAAAGCCAAAGUUCCUAUGUAUGGUUAUUCCAAUGUUUCAAAUCUCUUGGCACAUUCAAAUUUAUCGGAAGAAGAAAAACACUCAAAAUUUGACACACUAGAGAAAUAUUGCAGUAAACCCCCAGGCCUUAUGAUAUUUCAAACUAGAGGGAAAUCAUGGAAAUGUGUGCAAUGUGGCAACUUCUUUGCUCAGUAUUCAGUUCCUCAAAGCCCUCAUGGAAUUUGUACUCUAAAGAAACCUUAUAGUUGUGAGGAAUGUUGGAAAUCAUGUACUUGGUCAUCAAAACUUCAAGCUCACCACAGAAUACACACUAAACAGGAGCUUCAUAAAUCUAAUAAGUGUGGGAAAUCAUUUACCAAGUCAUCAACUCCUCUAGCUCAACAAAGGAUCCAUACAGUGGACAAACCUUACAAAUGUAAUGAAUGUGGUAAACAUUUUACCUCUUCUUCAAAUCUUCACAUGCAUAAGAGAAUCCACACAGGAGACAAACCUUACAAAUGUGAUAACUGUGGUAAGAGCUUUAUACAGUCCUCACAUCUUAAAAAUCACUACAGAGUCCACACAGGAGACAAACCUUACAAAUGUGAUAACUGUGGUAAGAGCUUUAUACAGUCCUCACAUCUUAAAAAUCACUACAGAAUCCACACAGGAGACAAACCUUACAAGUGUGAUGAAUGUGGGAAAUCCUUUACCCGGUCCUCAGGUCUUAAAGUUCACCACAGAAUCCAUACUGGAGACAAAAGUUACAAAUGUGUUAUCUGUGGGAAAAGCUUUAUAAAUUCUUUACAUCUUAAAAGGCAUUACAGAAUCCACACAGGAGAUAAGCCUUACAAAUGUGAUACCUGUGGGAAAAACUUUAUGCAGUCCUCACAUCUAAAAAGUCACUACAGAAUCCAUACUGGAGACAAACCUUAUAAGUGCAAUGAAUGUGGGAAAUCCUUUACCCAGUCCUCAAGUCUUAAAGUUCACCACAGAAUCCAUACUGGAGACAAACCUUACAAAUGUAAUGAAUGUGGGAAAUCUUUUAUCCAGUCCUCAGAUCUUAAAGUUCACCACAGAAUCCAUACUGGAGACAAAAGUUACAAAUGUGAUACCUGUGGGAAAAGCUUUAUAAAAUCUUCACAUCUUAAAAGUCACUACAGAAUCCACACAGGAGACAAACCUUACAAGUGUAAUGAAUGUGGGAAAUCUUUUACCCAUUCCUCAAGUCUUAAAGUUCACCACAGUAUCCAUACAGGAAACAAACCUUACAAAUGUAAUGAAUGUGGGAAAAGAUUUAUACAGUCCUCAGGUCUUAAAAAACAUUACAGAAUCCACAGUGGAGACAAACCUUACAAGUGUAAUGAAUGUGAGAAAUCCUUUACCCAUUCUUCAUAUCUUCAAGUUCAUCACAGAAUCCACACAGGGGACAAACCUUACAAGUGUAAUGAAUGUGGUAAAUAUUUUACCUUUUCUUCAAGCCUUAAAGUUCACCACAGACGUCAUACUGUAGAUGAAGCUUAUAAAUGUAAUUAGUGUGGAAAACUAUGUACACUGUCCUUAAAACUUCAAGCCCACUAUGAAAUACAAACUGAACACGAACCUUAAUAAUCUAAUAAUUGUGGUAAACCAUUUAUAUGGUCAUCAUUUAUCCAUCUUCUAGCUCACCAGAGAACCUAUACAGGAGACAAACCUACAAAUGAAUGUGAGAAAAGCUUUAUAGAGUCCUCAGAUCUUAAAAAUCACUAUAGAAUCCACACAGGAGGCAAACCUUGCCAAGGUAAUGAAUGUUGCAUGAAUUUCACCUGA